GGGUCGAAGGUCACGCGGCGCCGGCAUCAUGGCGGCCUCCAUGCUGGGCGUGCCCUGGGGCGCGCUGCGGCUCGGCCGUCCUGGUCUUUGCCGCCGCCGGCCGCCCCGGGGACUGAGGGUGCACGCGCAGCUGCUGCCAUGGCCCGCGGAGACCGGCCGGAGCGUGGCGGCGGCCAGUGGUGCAGGCGGCCCGGGCACAGCCGCUUACUGCAUGGAGCUGCUGCGGAAACGUGAUUAUGAAAGUUAUUUAUGCACCCUGCUGCUCCCUGCAGAAUCCCGAAGCUCUGCUUUUGCACUGAGGGCCUUCAAUGUGGAACUGGCUCAGGUGAAGGACUCAGUUUCUGAGAAAACAAUUGGACUGAUGCGAAUGCAGUUUUGGAGAAAAACUGUGGAAGAUAUAUACUGUGACAACCCACCACAUCAGCCUGUGGCCACUGAACUGUGGAAGGCUGUCAGAAGACAUAAUCUGACUAAAAGAUGGCUUAUGAAAAUCAUUGAUGAACGAGAAAAAAAUUUGGAUGACAAACCAUAUCGUAAUAUCCAGGAACUUGAAAAUUAUGCUGAAAACACACAGAGCUCACUCCUGUAUUUAACACUGGAAAUACUGGGUGUAAAGGAUCUCCAUGCAGAUCAUGCCGCAAGUCACAUAGGAAAAGCACAAGGCAUUGUCACUUGCUUGAGAGCAACGCCCUAUCAUGGUGGCAGAAGAAGAGUGUUCCUUCCCAUGGAUAUUUGUAUGCUGCAUGGUGUCUCACAAGAGGACUUUCUGAGGAGGAACCAAGAUAGACAUGUGAGAGACGUGGUAUACGACAUUGCCAGCCAGGCACACUUGCACUUAAAGCAUGCGAGGUCCUUCCACAAAAGUGUUCCUGUGAAAGCAUUUCCUGCCUUUCUUCAGACGGUUUCCCUAGAGGAUUAUUUAAAGAGAAUUCAACGAGUGGAUUUUGAUAUAUUCCACCCAUCUUUAGAACGGAGAAAUACAUUACUUCCUUUAUCUUUGUAUAUUCAGUCAUGGAGGAAAAGAUAUUAAAAUAACUUCUGGGUACUGAUGUUAACUUUCAAUUUAUUUGUUUUUGAAAGUAUACUAGUUAGGGUUUUUGUUUAGAAACAGCAGGUGCUGUAUCUGUUUCCUGAAGGAUUUCUGGGUGUGUGUUGUGCACAGAAGUGGUGUGGACUUGCUCGGGACUAGGAACCCUGCUGACAUCCUGCCAUCAGACACCAUAAGCCCAGGCAGUGGCUCCUGUGCCCUCCCUGGGAAUGCAGAGCCUCUGGGAGGGAGAGGAAGUGUCAUCCUGUCCCCCUCACUUACCCUUGAGAAGGGAAAGGGAAAGCCAGCCAACUUAGCCCUGGGAUUUACAGCCAAAACUCACAUGUUUGGGAUAGCUAGAGAAUGCAUUUAUUUAGGAAUCAUGAGGAGUGAACUCAGCCUUUGAGGAGUAUCAGUCGCCGCUUUGAGGGCUUUGUAUCCCUCACAUUUUACCUUUACAACCUUGUGUGAAAAUUUACCCAUGACGAUAAAACAAGGUAGGAAGAGCUGGAGCCCUAAUUUGAUUUUAGGUCUGGCUAGUCGAGAAGCUUUGACUUUGUUGGUCCCACCGCUUCAGUCUGUUGUGCAGCAUUUUCAUGAUCAUGAAUAAAACUGCUUCAACAAAA